AUAUUCGAUUAUGUUCUCAUCAUUAAGCAAAUGUAUAGUAGCAUGAGAGAUAUCUUAGAUUUGAGGCACAUGUCAUGAAAUUUUCUUGAUUUAGCCAAUCCAUGGGUUUGGCACAAGUCAGUAGAGAUUCUUAGUCUUCCCUGUAUAGCCUGGUUAUUUUUGUAGAAGUUGUUUACCAGAGGUUUAUUGUUGGUCUUCUGCAAUUAAUAUGGCAUCAUACCAUGGCAGUAGUAGCUAGGUUGAGACACAGGCCCAAACAACGGAUCCACAAACAUUGAGGUAAACCAAAGAGAAUCGAAAGAAACAGUCAUGGUACAACAGCGAAAUUUCUCGUGGCAAUCCAAAGAGUUGAUGCGUCGUGUUACAUGCUCUGCCAAACUCGGAAUUUUAUUAGGCUCAUCGCGCGCGUCAGAGACCGAAGGGAGGAGCUUGAAGAUAUCUUUGGUGGUGAUGGUGGAUCUCUACUGUGGUGGAAGAUAUCAAAUAUCUUGAUUUACAAUGAGAAGACAGCUAAUUCAUUGUUGCUAGGGAAUAUGGAUAAGGGUCUGAUAUGGGAAACAGCCAAGGACUUGGCGAGGAAUAGAGGACGAGUCCUCUCUCUAUACCAUCAGAUAUUAAGAAGCCUCAACUCCCGAAAACUUCUCAUGAACUUAGCAGCAAAGAUUGGCCAAGAAAGCAGAGGCUCGUGCUAUCUUCAUGCUAGGCGCAGAAGAGGAAUCCCAAUCCCUUCACAACAUUGAGGACCUUAUUGAUGCUGGAGAGUACGCUCUUUCCCUCUUAAGAAAAGGGGAAAUUUGCAUUGUCCUUCAAAUUUCGUCUGUUUAUGUCAAGUGCUGUAGAAGAAAACCAUAAGAGGAAAUGUGGUUUUUUUUUUUUAU